UUGUGAAAACAAAUAGUACUUCCCUUCCUUCGUGUUUUCUCCAUUCCAAACACGCGCUAAGAAUAUUAUAUAAGAACCAGAAUUUGAAUUCCGCGCAAUGGAAAAGGACUCAGUGGUUAUCGUGCAUCAUAAGGUUAGGUCAUGGAACCCAAUCUAACGUUAAACGCAACCACGGAGUCAAAAGUCAUCGUCGUUUUCUGUUGUGUUUUAAGUGACAAACUGUUACACUAUUAUUAUGCUAAAUAUAUAGCUUAGUUUUGAUGGAUGGUAAGUAAGUGCAGUAUCCUUAGAACACCAGAAAUUCAGAUCACAUCACUGUACUGCAUAGAUUUAAACACGGAGAGAGAAAUUAAAGCUAAAAAGUUUUUACAAUUACCUUCACGUUGAGUCGUUGACUACGUGAUCUAAGUCAACCUAUAGAAUGUGGAUGAGUUUCUACGUUGCUGUUUUAGCUGUUCUACUUAUUCAAGCUCAUGCUCAACCAGGAUUCAUCAGCAUAGAUUGCGGAGCUGAAGCAGGUGUGAACUAUACCCAGCCAUAUCUAGGCAUAGAUUACGUUUCCGAUGCAGAUUUCAUAAAUACCGGUGUGAGUGAGACAAUAGCAACUGAAGAGAGCAACAGAUACAGCUAUCAACAACAACUGUGGAAGCUUAGAAGCUUCCCGGAAGGAAAAAGGAACUGCUACAAAAUAAGCGUCACAAGAGGCACUACGUAUCUCAUCCGCACUACUUUUCUGUACGGAAAUUAUGAUGGGCUGAAUAAGACACCACAGUUUGAUCUUUUUCUGGGACCUAACCACUGGGUUAAAGUCAAUAUACAAAAUGCAUCCAGGGACCAAUUCAAUGAGAUCAUACAUGUACCUUCCCGGGAUUAUGUGCAAAUCUGUCUGAUUAACACAGACCACGGCACACCAUUUAUAACAGCCAUAGAAUUCAGGACUUUGAAAAAUGAUACAUACGUCACUCAAUUCGGAUCAUUGGAACUUUACAAUUUCCUGCGCUGCGAUUUGGGUUCAAACACAUCGUACAGGUACCCGGUUGAUGUUUAUGAUCGUGUCUGGAAUGAUCGUUCCUGGUAUGCCUGUAAUUUCGGCCAAAAUUGGAAACCACUAAAUGCCUUCAUUCCUGAACCACUAAAUCAGACGGAUUACAAGCCGGGAGCUACUAUCAUGAGCACCGCAGUUGAACCAGAAAAUGAUAGUGCUCCGUUGGUAAUAAGCUGGCAGCCAAAAGAUGAAACUGAGCUAUUCUAUGUGUACAUGCACUUCACGGAACUGUUCACCACGAAUCAGACAAGACAAUUCAACGUCAUCAGCAACGGUGAAUUAAGUAUUCCAAAUUUUUCUCCGCAGUACCAUAAUGUCAGUACCAUAUCUUCGACGUCAGCCAUCAGCGGGAAAGUAAUUAAUUUUUCACUGGAGAGGACAAAAAAUUCUACCCUGCCUCCCAUCAUCAGUGCCAUUGAAAUUUACAGAGUAAUAGACUUACAGAAACCAGAGACAUUCCAAGGAGAUGUUGAUGCAAUUACAAGCAUUAAGUCAGCCUACGGAGUGAAAAGGGAUUGGGAAGGUGAUCCAUGCGCCCCUGCAGCCUACUUGUGGGAUGGUCUCAACUGCAACGAUUUUCUAAGAAUCACGACUCUGAAUUUAUCUUCAAGUGGAUUGUCAGGAAAGAUACACCCUUCUAUCUCAAACCUCACCAUGUUGGAAAAGCUGGAUUUAUCUAACAAUAACUUAAAUGGUGAAGUUCCUGAUUUUCUGUCUCAACUACAACACUUGAAGAUCUUAAACUUGGAGAAGAAUAACCUCUUCGGUUCGAUUCCCUCUGCACUUGUUCAAAAAUCACACCAAGGUUUUCUCUCACUAAGUGCGGGUCAAAAUCCAUAUCUAUGUGAAUCUGGUCAAUGCAAGGAGAAGGAAAAAAAUAACACUGUUACACCCAUAGUAGCAUCAAUUAGUGGGGUUUUAAUUCUUCUAAUAGCCGUUGCAAUAUUGUGGAUCCUUAAAAGGAAAAAAUCAAAAGUUGAAAAAUUUACAGAUUCGGUGGCAUCAAAUCAUCGGAGUUUAAUUUCACAGCAAUCCACUGGAAAGGAUAAUUCGUUCCAGCAACUCAAAAGUCAAAUGUAUUCAUACUAUGAUGUCCUUCACAUCACUAACAAUUUCAGUACAAUUAUUGGUAAAGGAGGAUUUGGAACAGUUUACCUGGGCUUUAUCGAUGACACUCCAGUUGCAGUGAAAAUGCUUUCCCCAUCAGCAGUUCAUGGUUAUCAACAAUUUCAAGCAGAGGUAAAACUUCUAAUCAGGGUUCAUCACAAAAACUUGACAUCCCUCAUUGGUUACUGUAACGAAGGAACCAAUAAAGGUCUCAUAUAUGAGUACAUGGCUAAAGGGAACUUACGAGAACAUCUCUCAGGUAAAUACAACGAAUCACCAUUCUUGAGCUGGAAGGACAGACUUCGUGUAGCAGUGGAUGCAGCCUUAGGAUUGGAAUAUCUGCAAAAUGGUUGCAAGCCUCCUAUAAUCCACAGAGAUAUAAAAUCUACAAACAUCUUGUUGGAUGAACACUUCCAAGCAAAGUUAUCUGAUUUCGGUCUUUCCAAAGCUGUCCCAGAUGAUGGGAGAUCUCAUAUGUCAACUAUUGUUGCUGGUACUGUUGGUUAUCUGGACCCUCACUACCACUCUUCCAAUAGAUUAACACAGAAAAGUGAUGUUUAUAGCUUUGGAGUUGUUCUUUUGGAAAUAAUCACAAAUCAAGCAGUAAUGGCAGGGAAUGAAGAAAGUGGUCACAUAAGUGAACGAGUUAGGUCCAUGAUAUCAAAAGGGGAUAUCAGGGCCGUAGUUGACUCAAGCUUAGAAGGAGAUUUUGACAUAAACUCAGCAUGGAAAGCCGUAGAAAUAGCAAUGGCUUGUGUUUCUCCAAAUCCCAACGAAAGGCCAAUGAUGAGUGUGGUAGUGAUUGAACUACAGGAGACUUUAGCGGCCGAAUUAGCUAGAACAAACCAUUACAGUGGUGCUGAUCUCAGGUAUUCUGUUGCACCGGUCAGCAUGGCUUUAAACACCGAAUAUAUGCCCUUAGCUAGGUAAAUGCUUAUUCAACGUAAGAAUAACAGAACAACUUUGUAACAAGGGAAAGUGAUGUUGUACAAGAACUUGUUCAUUGGGUGAUUUCAGAAUCUGUGUUGUUUGGGAGUGGUGAUAUAGUAGUAAUGCAUAUUACUACACAAAUAAACACUGAGAAUUGAAUAAUGGAAUUGAAAAGCAGUGUUAUUAGUAAUUUUUCUUUGAUUAAA